UUGCUUACUUCUCCUGCAACCAAAGGCUUUGAGUUUGCAAAUGUGGGAUCUUGAACUGUAAGAUUGUUUCUUUCUUAUUUUCUUGAGGAAAAAAAAUGUGGGAUCUUGAACUUCAAGUGUUGUUCAUUUCGAUUUACUGAAUUUUUGUUACUUAGAUUUACUUCGUUGGUUCAUUUCUGAAAUAUGAUGAACAACUGGAUGCUUUUUGGUCAGGAGUGUACAUUUCGGAAAAGAAUAGUUAAGAUGUGGAUUAAAUUUGAGGUUGAACAGUGUUUAUUAAGCAAGUUGAGAGGAUUUCAUGAAAGGGUUUUCAGUUUUAGCGACAGAUUUGUUAAGAGUCAAUGGAAGCAUAAUGUUUGUGAAUCAAUCAGUUCACUUGUUGUUGUUAGUUUGUUUUUAUCCUUCUUUUUGGCAAUGGCGUGCACAUAUUUUUUCCUCUUUCCAAGAUAUCAACCUGCCGUUCGUACUUACAGAGUUCACCAAGCUGGUGAUUUAGUUCCCAAAUGCAAUGUUUUUAAUGGCAAUUGGAUCCCGGAUGAAAGUUAUCCUUUAUAUAAUGCUUCACAAUGUCCUUUUGCCGAGCGUGGGUUCGAUUGCGUGGCGAAUGGCCGAAGAGAUAGGGGUUUUCAGAAAUGGAGGUGGAAGCCUAGAAGCUGUGAAAUUCCAAGGUUUGAUGUGCACGAGAUACUUCAAAAGCUUCGUGGGAAGCGGAUUGUUUUCGUUGGGGAUUCAUUGAGCAGAACACAGUGGGAGUCUAUGAUAUGCAUGCUCAUGCAGGGAGUGCAGGAUAAGAGGAGGGAUGUCUUUGAAAUUAAUGGGAAUAAGAUCACUAAACGGAUUAGAUUUUUAGGGGUGUGGUUCAGUUCAUACAAUUUACGAAUAGACUAUUAUCGGUCGGUUUUCCUAGUGCAGCCUGGUUCGGCACCAAGGCGUGCACCUAAGAGGGUUAAAUCGACAGUUAGACUCGACAAGCUGGAUGAUAUGAGCAAGGAGUGGAUUGAUUCCGAUUUCUUGAUAUUCAAUUCAGGUCAUUGGUGGACACCAACUAAGCUUUUCGAUAUGGGUUGCUAUUUUCAGGCAGGUCGAUCACUAAAGCUUGGAAUGGGGAUCACAACUGCCUUUAGAGCUGCAUUAAAGACUUGGUCAUCUUGGGUUGAGACUUCAGUCGACAGAAACAGAACUAGGGUGUUCUUCCGAACUUUUGAAUCUUCGCAUUGGACAGGUCGAAACCGUAAUUCCUGCAAAGUGACUCGACGCCCUUGGUUGAAACCUAAAGGGAAAGACCGUAGCCGAAUUUCUGACAUUAUAAUCGAUGUCGUGAAGAAAAUGACGACUCCCGUGACAGUAUUACAUGUAACCCCGAUGGGGGCUUUCCGUAGCGAUGCUCAUGUGGGGACUUGGAGCGAUAAUCGGUCGGUAGCAGAUUGCAGCCAUUGGUGUCUACCUGGAGUUCCUGAUACGUGGAAUGAAAUUCUGCUAUCAAUGAUGCUCUCCAAGGAUGGAAUGGAAUAACCCUUUUAGUGAAUCAGAACAUGUAAUCCUUUUACUUCGCCAUCUGCGCCCCUCUCUGUAUCAAGUUGAAUAAGAUUACUUGCUGUAAACUCCUUGUGACAAAAAAUGAAUAAAAAUUCCAUACAUUUGUUUA